AUGGGUGAUAAAAAAAGAGACACGAUUCGAUACGAACUCGCCGGCGAUGAGACUCCCUACCUCAGCCCAGCUACACCAGCGCCUCCCUACCAUGACUUCAGACAUGCCGACAGCACAGGUGACAUUCCAAAUGCUGUGGAAAUGCCUGCCGAGCCUGUCUUGACGAAUUCCUCAACAUCAACAUUCGCCAAUUUCGUUGGAAGCCAUGUAAAGACUCGCGACGAUGCCCGAGUCGAUAUUGACUGUGACUCGAAGCUCGUUCGCACUUUUAGCCGCCUUUAUCAAUUGCCCGCCGAAAAGUAUGAUCAGGAUAGCUCCCCAGCACCAAGUUACACCGAGCCACAAUCAGAGAGCCAAUCAUGGGCUACAAAACUCAACAUUGUCAUACAAGUCGUGGGCAGUCGUGGAGAUGUACAGCCCUUCAUCGCUCUAGGCAACGAGCUCCAACGAUACGGUCACCGCGUGCGUCUCGCGACACACGACAUAUUCGAGGACUUUGUGCGGGAAUCAAACCUGGAGUUCUAUCCUAUUGGAGGAAACCCAGCUGAAUUAAUGUCCUACAUGGUUAAGAAUCCUGGUUUGAUACCCAGCAUGCAGAGUCUGGCGGCUGGAGAAAUCCAGAAGAAGCGCUGGAUGGUGCAAGAGAUGCUAGAAAAGUUCUGGCACUCGUGUAUAAGGCCUGAUACUCUUACUGGUCUUCCAUUUGUAGCUGAUGCAAUAAUCGCGAACCCUCCCAGCUUUGCGCACGUACACUGCGCUCAAGCGCUCGGAGUCCCAGUGCACCUGAUGUUCACGAUGCCUUGGAGUAGCACCAGAGCGUUCCCUCACCCAUUGGCCAAUUUGAAAAAUGUUGGUAGUGAUCCUCGAGUGGAAAAUUAUAUCUCUUACGGCAUUGUUGAGUGGUUGACCUGGCAAGGACUGGGGGAUCUGAUCAACAAAUGGCGACGAUCUAUAGAUCUAGAGGAGGUGGCUAUGUUUGAUGGACCGAUGAUCACACAAACGUUAAAAAUUCCUUUCACAUACUGUUGGUCUCCAUCCUUAGUGCCAAAGCCUACCGACUGGGCAGCACAUAUUGACGUAUGUGGCUUCUUCUUCCGCGACGCCCCCAAAUUCUCCCCCCCUCGAGAUCUUGCCGAGUUCCUAAAGGUCGGUCCGCCGCCAGUCUACAUUGGGUUUGGAAGCAUUGUUUUGGAUAAUCCGGAAAAGACCAUUGGGAUAAUUUUGAAUGCGGUCGAGUCAACUGGUGCCCGUGCCAUCAUCUCCAAAGGCUGGUCUGACCUUGCGGGCGCUGCGAACGAGAACGUGUAUUGGAUAGGAGAUUGCCCCCACGAAUGGCUUUUCCAAAACGUUGCAGCUGUUGUUCAUCAUGGAGGAGCAGGUACAACAGCUUGCGGACUAAGGAACGGGAAGCCCACAACCAUCAUCCCGUUCUUUGGUGACCAACCCUUUUGGGGUGAGAUGGUGGCCAAGGCAGGUGCAGGGCCGUUUCCGAUACCACACAAAGAACUCAGUGUAGAGAAUCUUUCUGAAGCUAUUCGUUACUGCCUUUCAGACGAGGCCGCUGCUGCUGCAACGCUCAUAGCGAAGAAGAUGGAAUCUGAAGUGGGAGUUCGUGCUGCUGUGCAGUCAUUCCAUAAGAACCUCCCCCUUGAGCGAAUGAGGUGUGAAUUGAUUCCAACAGAGCCCGCGGUUUGGUCAUAUACCAAGUCGAAGCGGCCUAUCAAGCUUUCCAAAAUGGCUGCCGAGAUUAUUCUUUCGAAGAGACCGGGCGACAGCAAGUAUAUGAAGGCCUACCAAAGCAACCCUAUCUAUAUCGAAACUACGAGAUGGGACCCGAUUUCUGGAGGCGCUUCUGCAGUCAUGGCCACAGCAACAGAUAUGACUACCUCGAUUACCGGUAUCGUCACGAAACCGAUCGAUGAGUACAGAGAGGAACAACACCGACGCGAAUGGGAAUCGAAGAAAGCUCAGAACAAGGCUACAGAUGGCACUCAGAGUCUGGCGAGCAGAUCUUCUGGCAACACGUUACGACCAAACAGCGAACGUUCACACUCGCUUGCCGGAAGGAUGGCAGGCGCAUCAGCCAAGAGUAUAGGAAUGAUAGGCCCCACCGCUCUUAAAGGAAUGGUGGUGGAUUUUCCUCUUGCCCUAACAGAAGGCCUCAAAUCAGUGCCACAGCACUACGGUGGCGGCGUGCGCGACCAUGGGCCAGUGACUGACGCCAAAAGUGGCAUGAUAGUUGCAGGCAAGACGUUUGCUUGGGGCUUCGUUGAUGGUUUGAGCGACGUUGUUGUACAGCCAUAUAAGGGGGCAAGAAAGGAGGGCGCUUUGGGAGCUGUCAAAGGUAUUGGAAAGGGAGCUAUGAGCCUUGUGACUAAGAGCGGCGCUGGUAUGUUUGGUGUUUUUGCGUAUCCGAGUGCGGGCAUCAGCAAGAGUAUUCGCACAGCGGUACAUAGCUCAACUCGCAAAGCUAUAGCUAGAGAACGUCACCAGGAAGGUGAGUGGAUGAUCAGGGGCGAAAGAGGGCUGCAAGUAGACCAGGAAGAUCUACUGAGUAGAUUCCAACAUCACUUGAUUGACCGGUAG